AUUUUCCCCAAUUCUCCAGUUUUGGCUCCCCGAUUCUCAAUUUUCUCGUGGUCGUGUGCCGGUUGUUGUUGUUGUUCUCCGCGCUGCUCUUUUUAUUCCGCGUGCGUGGGUGUAAAUCAAAUCAAAUAAAAUCACACAAUGGCCAGCGAGGACACGAGCUUUAUUCCCGAUCUUCCCAGCGGCGGACCAUUAGCCGCAUAUCGAAAGAGGGCCAAUUUCGACUGGAAGCGACUGCGCCUCAUAUUUGAAAAGGAGCAGGGAUUGCGAAUUAAGUACAAAGUAUGGCGUCGUUUGGAGAACGAUCCCCUCUUCGCUCACCCCUCCCGCACGCUGCCCAUGGACGAGCAGAAGCGCCUGUGCGCCAUGCAGGUGAAUCGCAUGAAGCACCUGGACCUGGUGCCCAAGGAAAUCGAGCGCCUGAGCUUCUCGGCCAAGACCAAGUACUUGAUGUACAUCAACGAGGCACUGGCCUGCUACUCACCGAGUUUAUCCGUGAAGAUUGCUUUGGGAGUGGGUCUAUUCAACAAUGCCAUCCGUGCAAUGGGCACCGAAAAGCACACGAAAUAUAUCGAGGCUGCGUGGAAUCGGGAAGUGAUCACAUGUCUGGCCAUCACGGAACUUUCCCAUGGCAGCAACACGAAGAGCAUCCGAACGACAGCCACCUAUGAUCCCAGCACCCAGGAGUUUGUGAUCAACACGCCGGACUUCGAGGCAGCCAAGUGUUGGGUGGGAAAUCUGGGAAAGACGGCCACGGUGGCCAUGACAUUCGCCAAUCUGUACACAGCCGAUGGUCAGAAUCAUGGGCUGCAUGGCUUCCUGAUUCCCAUUCGCGAUCCCAAGACACUGCUCUCCUAUCCGGGAGUUCUGGUCGGUGAUAUUGGCGAGAAAUGUGGCCUAAAUGGCAUUGACAAUGGAUUUGUGGUGUUCACCAAUUAUCGUAUUCCACGCGACAAUCUCCUCAAUCGCACUAGUGACGUAACGCCCGAGGGGGUUUACGAAAGUGUGUUCACCGAGCCCGGGAAAGUCCUUGGGGCGGCACUCGAAAGCUUCUCCGCCGGUCGCAUCGGCAUAAUGCAGGAAUCGGCUAAUACCUUGUGUAGUGCCGCUGUGAUCGCAGUUCGAUAUGCCGCCGUGCGCAAGCAAUUUGGCCCGGAGCGCCAAGGCGAGGAAAUGGCCAUCCUAGAGUACCAACUGCAUCAAUAUCGCAUUUUCCCCUAUUUGGCGGCUGCCUGCGUCCAAAAAAUCGCCACUGAAGAGCUGACAAUCACUUAUAUGGAGAUCAUAGCCCGUUCCCAGGCGGAUUCAAAUGGAUUUGAUAUUUUGACCCAGAAUGCUGCCGAGAUCCAUGCGCUGAUCUCCUCGUCGAAGCCUCUGAUCACGUGGGCAGCUAGGGAUGCCAUCCAGGAGGCCCGCGAAGCGUGCGGAGGACAUGGCUAUUUGGCAGCGGCUAAACUGGGUAAGAUGCGCACCGAUCACGAUCCCCUGUGCACCUACGAGGGCGACAACAAUGUGCUGGGUCAACAGGCAUCCAACUGGCUGCUCCGCCAGUGGAGCGCCAAACAGCUGGAGACGCCCAUUGGCAGUGUUAAGUUCCUAGAAAACCGAACGGAGUUGCUGGCCCUCAAUUAUUCCUCCUUGGUGCAGAAGACACCGAUAUCCAGCUGGCAAUUCUCCCUUAGGUGCUACGAGUGGCUGUUGUGUCACCUGAUGGCCCAGACCACGGCUCACAUCGAGGGCCAGUUGGCAGCGGGAAGCAGUCGCUUUGAGGCGCGGAACAACUCCCAGGUGGCCGGAGCACGGGAACUGUCCCUGGCCUAUGCCGAGUACUAUGCCCUGACACGAUAUGUGGAUCAUGUCAGCACACUGAAGGUGGAGGCCCCUUAUGCCUCGGUUCUUCGCCAGCUAUUCGAUAUCUAUGCCAUGUGGCUGCUGGAGAAGCACAUGACCACCUUCUAUGUGGGUGGCUUUGCGGCUGGCCGGGAUUUCUCGGCUGCAGUGCGUCAACUUCUGCUGGACAGUUGUCUGAAACUGAAGGAUGUGGCUGUGAGCAUAGCGGAUGCCAUUUCGCCACCCGAUUUUGCUCUAAAUUCGGUGAUUGCCCGUGCGGAUGGUCUUCUCUAUGAGAAUUUGCAAAAUGAAUUUAUGACCAAUGAGGGGGCAUUCCAGCGACCCUCUUGGUGGCGUGACGUCAUCAUACCACAGGCUCAGUCGAAACUCUGAGGAUUCCCACCUAGUUUUUCAGGAGAGGAGGAUGAAGACAAGUGCCUGACUUGGGAACUGUAUGCCAAGUUUAAUUGUAAUUGUUAUUGCCUCAUUGGUUAUCAGGUACAUUCUCAUUGAGCCCAGUAAAAGGUUUAUUAUCAUAUACCAACUAUAACAUACAUUCGAGUAUUUUAAGAUCAAAUCUGUUACUAGUUUACGGUUAAACGAGUUGAAUAAAAACAUAUACAAUUGA